UGUUUGACACUGGUGUCAUCUCAUCUCAUCUCUUCUCUUCUCAUUUAUCUUCUCGAGUAAAGAAAUGAUCUGUUUUAGCAGCUAAUUCCAUUUUCUAAUCAAUCCUAUAUAUAUUUUAGCCGCGAUAUGGAUACAUUUUUGAAUGUAAAGAUAAGUUUGGUCUGAUUCUCUAACUUUUUUUUGUUGUUGUGUGUGUCCGUCAAAAUUGGAAAUAGAAGAAUAGAAGAGAAUGUGUUGUUUAGUUGAUCGAGUAAAGAAGAUAAACUGAUGACUGAGCAUUAUUAAUCAAGUUGGGCGGGGAUCUGUUUGACACCAUAAUAAUAAAGUCACGUGUAUAUGUUCUCUGUUUUCUUGUGACCAUGCCCGCUGAUCUUUUUCUUUGCAGAUCUUGAUCAAAUCAAGAUUUGUUUUCGCUUUUGAGGCUUCUACGACUACAAACAAGUGAUGGGUUUAUGAUCAUCAUCUUCAUAUGUGAAAAUGUCGGCUUAUGCUCAUCAGAUGGAGAGGGAAUUCUCCGGUCUAUCCAGCCGAGGUGGUUCCGAACUGGGGAGUCGAUUUUCGAUAGAAUCUGGAUGUUACAUGACAUCUUUAGCAGCUUCCAUCUUCAUAGGUUCUCUUGUGACAUUUGGAGUUUUGAUGAUAACACUUCUCAUAGCUUUAUCAACCAUGUUACAGAGCUGUGAAAGCCGAGAUAUUGGAGUCGUCGAGGCUCAAAGACUUGAAGAGAACUUCAGUUACUGCAGAAUCUUGUCUUUGCACUCUCAGCUCAAUAGCUUGCAAGAAGAAGACACCCAAUUACCAUUGUUAUGCAGAGAUGUUGCUUUACGCAGAAUCAAACAGGGAAUCUACUUGAGAGAGUUGAACUUCACUAUCCAAAUGGCUCUCACUUUCUUUCAAACCAUCAAACCGAUGAACGAUAGCCGCGAUGUUGUUGUGAUCGAGAUCGAUGACACCAAUCUAUUAGAACAAGAUAGUUAUAAUAUGAAGUAUAUCGAAGAAGCAAAGCAUCAGAGAAGCAAACUAACACUGAAACUAUAUUUCAAGCUACUAUCACAUGGUUAUACAAUGGCUCUAUUAUCAAGAAGACCAGAAAGAGAGCGGGACGCCACAAUCGAGCAGUUAAAAUCUAGAGGAUACAGCGAUUGGUCACAUUUGAUCAUGAGGGAAGAUAAAAGACAAAAGGAAGAGUUAGAAAGAGGUCACUGUGUAAUCGGAGUAAUUGGUAAUCAUAUGGAUGUGUUAAGAGGCCAGUGGAAUUGGCAAAGCAAGCGUCUGUUUAAACUUCCAAGCCUUGCUUAUGAUGAUGUUUCGGAUUACACUGAAAGAUGAGAUCAUGGACUUUGAUGUGUAUAAAUUCUCAAGAGUUUUAUGUAAUUGUUUUAUUACGGUUUCAAAGAUAAUGUAGAGACAUACUGUAAUUUUUCAAUGUCUCAUGUAUACAUAUAGUUUAUUCUACAAUUUCCUGAA